CUUUUUGUUGCACCUCUUUGGCAUCAGCUGGUUACUGUUUACUAUGGCCAUGGACAUGUCAUAGUUUAGCUGCGGUAAACCACCAUUUCAAAUGAUUCAAGUAAUUAUUUGUAUUUUUCUUGAUAUAUAAUUAUCACCUUUUUUGUUAAUGUUCUUCACACCAUUCUAUAUUGUUGUUCAGUUCCAGUCAUGAUAUGAUAUGAUCCCGGGAAGGUUAAAUCUUAAUUAUGAUUCUGUUGCAUAUUUUAAAUUUAUUUAUUUCUUGAGUUUAAGACAGAAAUAUAAAUGGGUUUAGAAUCGUCGAGUAUUUCAUCUCAUAAGCAAUGUUAUUCCUUGUCCACAUUGAUAAAAAAUGUUUUUUAUUUCUUUAAAUAACUUUAAAUUUAAUGACAAUGAGUUGGUUUGACCCAUCGGGCUUUGCUAAUUUAGCAAAGUCCGCAUUGAAAGAAGCUCAAAAGACAAUCGAUAAAGCUUUGGACAUCACUGAAGAAGAUGCUAGUAAAGCGCACAAUGUAUCUUCAAAAAGCUCAGACAUCAAUACUGACAGUUUUUUCUCAGCCUGGGACCUACAAAGUUCUCCUGCUUCUUUAGUCAAAAAGGCCUCAAAAAUGACGAAUAGUGCAAGUGCUUGGGGGUCAUUUACUGGGUCCUUUUUUGAAAAUCAAGGGAAAACUGAAGGAAGUAGUGAUGAUUCUAAAGAUAGCCAGUCUAAAGAAAUGGUUUCAAAUCAGCCAAAAAAAUCGCUUUCCCUUGAUCUUGGAGUGCUUGCGAAACCUAACUUGGUAGAUUCAUCUGAAAAAGUGGAAUCCUCUUUGAAUCUCCAAUCUACUCCUGAGGAAUCUAAUGAACCUGAUGGAGAGCAGAUUAGACAAGAAAUCAAGAACUUCCCUCCUGUAGAGGUCGUAAUGAGGAAGAGGGAACCGAGGAACACUGCAAACCGUCUUUCAGUUAUAUCUUCAGAAAGUGACAGAAGGUCAACAGAUAGUUGUGAUAUCCUGGGCUCUACACCUGAUUCAGAUCCAAAUACUAUGUCGACAUCGAGUUCGGUCGCCAAGCUGAGGCAAAGUGGCUCGUUUGAAUCUGUUGAAGUUCUUACUUCUCCAAGUUCUGUUGAUGUCCUUGGUUCUCAUUCAUCAGAACAAAAGAGUUCCGAUUCUGUGUCACCAAUCGAAGGUGAUGGUGUGGAAGUUAUACCAGAAGAUGAAGAUUCAGUAAGUGUCGAAGACUCUUAUACAUCUGCAUCUGAAGCUACUUUGACCGUUACACUCCUUGAUCCAACCAUGCUUAAGUCGACUUCUUCUCUUGAUACUUCCUUCACGGAGGCCAUGUCCCCAAGAGAUAACCAAAAUCGAACAUUAGGUGUUAUUACACACAUGGCAUCUGGUUCUGUGGAGGGCGAAUCUGAGAAGAAAGAACCAAUUAUAACACAACCCUCACGAUUGGUCGAUAAGAAGGAAGUACAUUCAAAAUCUGUUGAUUAUGGAAAUUCUCACCAAGCAAGAAUGGAUUACCAAGAAGUUGUUACACAAGCCCCUAGGUUGAGCGUUGGAAGGAUUUCAGAAUCAACGAGCAGUGAACCAGAUGGUGUGGUGCUAGAGACAAGCUCUUGCGAAGAGGGUACACUGAUGGGUAGCAGCGGUGAGGAGAAUACACUGCGGCUGGAAGGUGUGGGUGUUAGCAGUAUGCUUGCAGACGCCAUGACGGAGGUCAGGGAGCAGUCACCAAUCAGUUCGGAAAGAUCAGAUCUAGUCAAGAUUGGUUCGAGUGAACACACCUCUGGUGAUGAACUGGAAACUACCACUUCUUCAGAUAUUGAAGUAAUAUCUAGUCCUACACCAAAUGGAAGCAGUACAGCUUCACGCCAGAGUCCUUCUAAAUCAGCAUAUAAAUCUGUGAAUAUUGUCAAGAUACUCUCAGGAAAAGUGAAAGGUCAUCAUCGAGAACUCUCUGAAACAUCUAGUGGUGGUUCGGAUGAAUAUUCUGAAGUUGACAAAUUACUAAAGAGAAUUGCUGAAAUAACAGAGAUAUUAGAAGCAAGAGAAUCAAAAUUAAUAGAUUUAAGUAGAAUAAAUGCUGAUUUACAAGAGACAAAUUCAGAGCUCAAGAGUCAGUUAGAAAAGGAAAAAGAAUCUCAGGAAAUGAAAAAUAUGAGCGAAGAGUUCACGCAAAGAUUAGCUGCUUUGGAAAAGAAAUUCCAGCAAGCGAUUCGGGAAAAAGAAGCUCUUAAGAAGCAAGUGGAGCAAGCAAAAUCACUUGCAACAGAGAAGGAAGAAGAAUUGAAUAAAGACCAACUUAUUGAAGAAUUGAGGAGUGAAGGAGAAAAAUUAAGUAAACAACAGCUGACGCUGAACAAUGCAAUCAAAAAGCUGCGUGCUUCAGAAAAAGAAAAUAUCAAAACUAUUUCCAAUCUCAGGGAGCAAUUAAACAGUACAAAUCAGGAACUAGAGAGAAAUAAAAAAGCAAUAAGUGCCAAAGAAGAAAUGGAAAGGAUGCAUAUUGAGGCCGUUCACAAUCUGACAAAGCAGAAUCAACAAUUGGAGAAAGAACUAUCUCUUACCAAAAGUAAUUUAUCUACGCUCACAUCAACUCUGGUAUCCGCGCAAAAAGAAAUAAAAGAGAAAGAGGAAGCUUACAAAGCGUUACAAGAAAAGAUUAAAACGGAACAAGAUGAAGUCGAACAGACGAUGAGGCGGGAGAUGUCCACAGAGCUCGAAGCAACACAACAGCAAGUAAUAACCCUUCAGUCUGCUUUGGAGGAUAUGAGGAGGCAAAUGAUUGAAAUGCAAGAACAACAUUCUCGAGCAGAAGCCACCCAUCGUAGAGAAAGAAGCGAAUUGCUCUCCCGUGCUGAAGCAGCGGAAAGGAGAGCUGAAACAGAAGCAGAAACGGCAACUUUAGCAACUGCACCACUUGCCAGGCAAGUUCAAGUCCUGACUGAGCUCCAGGUUUCUGCCAGGGCCUCUUGGGAAGCAAGGGAGGCCCAAUUGAAUUCAUUAAUAGCCGAACUGGAGACUAGAGUUAGCUCCCUUUCUUUACGUGAGCGCAGCGUGAGGGAGGAAUAUGAAGCCUCAGCAUCUCUUAUUGCUUCACUGCAGGACAAAUCAUCCUCCCUGAGCCAGCAGAAUGAGACCCUCUUGAAAGAACUGGAUUUAAUGAAAGGGUCCAUGGAAAAGUUACGAGUUUUGAAAAAUAGUGAAAUGAAAAAGUUCCAGCAAGAGAAAGAAAGACUGAUAAAUGAUCUCGAAGCCAAAAAACGAGAAACAACUUCUUUAAAAGAGUUGCUUAGUAUUGAGCGGACAGCAUUGGAUGCAGAAAAAAGAAAAUGUUUAGCGUUACAGGAGCAGUUAAGAAAUAGUAGGAUACAGUCAUCUCCUCAAAUUGGGGCAAGUCCUAGAUCUUCACCGACUUUGAGCUUAGGAAGAUCUUCUAUUAGCGAAUCAUUUGCUAGCAACAUCUGGCCAAAUUUUGCUGAUGAUUUGCUUGAAACAUCUUCCAAUUCCGGUCGCUAUGAUGUAUUAAGACCAGCAAAUAACACUUCAUACAUUGAAAAUUUACAAGCACAACUUAAACUUAGAGAUGGUGAUAUUCAGCAACUUCAAUGGGAAAUAGCCAGGCUAGAUUCAGAAAAGACCAGUUUAAGGGAUGAAGUGUCAUCACUGACUGCGAAAUUGGAAAAGCUGUCAGGAGAUCUUUCAUCGUUUUCAUUGCUCAAGACACAAUAUGAUGCUCUCCUGCAGAUGUAUGGCGAAAAACUUGAAGAAAGCCAAGAAUUGAGAAUGGAUCUUCAAGAUGUCAAAGAAAUGUAUAAAGCUCAGAUUGAUGAAUUACUGAGCAAAAAAGAAGCUAGUCCUCCAGCAUCAUGAUGUGAAGUUAUAUAAAUAUUUUAAAUAUUUUUUUUUAGAUUACCAAAUCAAUUUUUGGAAACUUUGAUAUUUUAUUAUAUGUAUUAUAAAUGUGUAUAUAUUGAUGACUCCCCACUCUUUGGAUUAAGUUAUUAGGAUGCUGUAAAAAAAAAAAAAGUUAAACAUGAGUUUGUUUAGCAAGUAUAUUUCCUGCAUUUUAUUUAGGUAGCCAAAUUGUAGCAGUUGCAUUGUUAUGGGUUAGAAUUGUGUUGUUUUGUUGUUAAUUUUUAUUUCUGAGUUUAUGCUCAAAGUCUGUGAUAAUUAUGUACAUUAUUAUUUUUUGAAAGAGAGAAUGAAAUGUUGUUUUGAUUAUUAGUAAUUUUCAUGCUCAAUUGAAAAUAAAACUAACAAAACAAAACAGAAAUUAGCCAAUAUGUCUAUUAUAGUUCUAUAAAUCAAUUUAUUGAUUGCUUUUUGCUUGUAUUUUGUCGAAAUUAAUGAAUCGCAUUUUGACUCAGUACAAACACACAUAAUUAGUUGGUAUGUAUAUAUUUUACUAUACGGAGAACAUAAUCAACUAUUAUUUAAUAUAUUCUAUGUCAAUUCUGUUAUGUUUUUAUAGAUCAUACUAAUGUAAGUCUGUUAUCUUCAUUUAAAAUAUUUUAAAAGUUGGUCAUUUAAAUUUAAUAACCGUUUGUUCAAUAUAUUUGUAUAAUGAAAACUAUUACUUAUUUUUAAUUCAUAUACUCUUUGUAAAUAUGUAAAAAUAGUAUAUAGAAAAAAUAUAUAUGGUUCAAGCAGUGUUUAUUGUCGGUGUUGUACUAUAUUAUUAGCUCAAAUAUCAAUCUUAUUUUUAUAAUUUCUUCAAUUUAAUAUCAAACUGUUUAUUAAAAUAUAAAAUAUUGUCUGAUAAGCUAUCUUAAAUAUAAGAUUUUCUGAAAGUAAUAUUAGACAGUUUAAUAUUCUUUGAAGAUCAGGAUUUUUACCAAUUACAGUCUCUCUAAUAUUUUAUAUUAUUUUAUUUUACAUCUUAUACCCAGAGAAGCUUUCGGUUUACUUACACCAUAUUCAUCUCUAUAGUUAAAAAAGAAAGAAAAAGGUAUAUGAUAUGAUAAUAGUUACAUGACUAUUAGAAAAUAUGCAAUAUGUAUGAAUUGUUAAUGUUUUUGAUUAAUGAUAUGUUGUAAUCGUGGAAGUAUGUUGGAGGUACACCGAAAGCUUUUCUGUAUAUGAGAUGUAAAAUAAAAUAAUAUAAAAUAUAGAGAGACUGUUAUUGGUUAAAAGCCCGAUCUGCAAAAUAUGAAAAAGAUAAAAAAAUGAUAUUCAAAGUUAAAUCUAGACUUUUUUUCUUUUAGUUUUUUAAACGAUUUUUAAUUUGUUUUUCUGUUAGUUGAAUCUGAUAUCAUUGUAAUGUUUUCCUUCAUCUAAAUUAACCCACCAAUAACACAAUUUUUGAUAAAAUGUGACAUUGCUUCUUUUCUCCCUUCGUAUUUAAAUAUAAUUCUGAAAAAUCAAACUAUAAAUACUGCGAAAGCCUGUAAGAACAAAAACUAAAAAUUUUCAGGAGUUGAAUAAAACUAAUUUUUGUUCUAUAAGCAUUAUAUUUUUGGUCCAAUUUUAUUUGCUAAAACAAAGAUGUAAUGCUCUAAGUAACUUUCUUGAUCGUAUUUUUGCCAAUUAAUCUAUCAUAGCCAUUACCUUUAACUUAUAGCUUUUUAGCUGCAUUGAAAAACAGAUAUUAGACAGGUACAGCCCCAGUUUAGAGUACUCUAUGACAGUUUGAUUUGUAACGUACUCAACUUUAUAUAGUUUAUAUGGUUCAGUUCUAGGAAACCUGCUGAUCACUUCGUUUAUGAGCUUCUUGCGACUUCGAAGAUUCAUUGAUUUGAAAAGAUGAAACUAGAGUUCUUUUUUCGUCCUAAGUUAAAUUUUCCAAUUAGUGAAAUCAAUUCUCUGUCUCUCACUAUCUGGAAUUAGCUUCUUUCCGGUUGCCAGAAGGUUUCGAUUGUUUUGAAGGCCGUUUAAUAUUAUAUUUCCACUUACCACUCUCCUCUUUGCUUUGUCUAGUUCCAUGGUAAGCAGGGCUGGCCUUAAGGCCAGGGAACCCGGGCAUUUGGCCAGAGGCGCCGGGCUGAAAGUGCCUGACAGUUAUUAGAAAUUAAAAAAGAAUACAAAGGGUACGAGAAAAAUUAAUUUUAGCCUAUUAAUGAAGCUAAUUGAUACUGUAGUCUAUUUGCAAAACGGUUUAUAGAUUCUAUAGUUAUAUAUGACCACCUUUUGUUGAUUAUUUCAUUAUGUUUUUUUGAUAAAGACACAAUCUCUUCUUUCAAUUUCGAUUAAAAAAACCUUCACUUUAACUUACAGUUUUUUACAUCACAGUUUGCUGGUUUUUAAAACAGGUCCUAGAGAAGAAAUGAAACAUCGUAGAUUUCAUUUUGUUGGGUCAGAAUAUGCGCCAGGUCAAGAUUGAUCAGAAAAGAUCAAAAUCUCAUUUUCCAAAGAAAUUUUCCUUACAGGCUUUUGCAGUGAGGUUAUUGAAAUAAGACAUAUUUUUUUACCAGAAAAAUAUUAGUGACAAAUGUUCAAAAAGACAUUAUUCCCUCAUUUUGUUUUUGCAAGAAAGUUGUAGUUAUUGAUUUAACAAAUAAAAAAUACGUUUUUUAUUUCCUCAAUGCUUUUGACAGUUGUACAAUACUUCAAACAUACCAUUAAUUUAUGAUUCAGUCAACUAACCAUCUUAUUUAUUUUUAUUUCUCUUAUAGAUUUUUAAUAUGGUUCUAGUUGCCCAUCUUUUUUGGAUGAAAUCUAAUCAAAUGACCUAAAGAUGAGUUUUUUUUCAGUUUAAAUAAUUACACUCGACUUAUGUGUCACAAUUUUAUUUUAAAAACUUUACUAUUAUGUUUUCUAAUUUCAUAGACAUUAUUAAUCAAAUUUAUGUAUACAUAAUUAAUAAUACAUUAAUUAUCACAUGCAGUAUGAAGAUACAUACAACUUGUUUGUUUAAGUAACUUUUCUUUUUGGAAAAUAUAUUUUUCUUGUUAUUUCGGUAAUUAAAAAUGUACAUGCACACAUAUUUACUUUUAAAAGUUUGGAAAUUUUAUUUCAAUUUAUAUUAUAUUAUGUACUGAAUGUUUCUAAUAAUAAUUGUAGUUCUCUUGAAUAUAUUCGACUGAUAGAGAUUUCUUUUAAUUUUUAUAUUAGUGGUUUAGCAUUAAUUUUUUAAAUAAAUAAUUAAUGAGCUUUUUAGAAGUUGUUUCUCCAUGUUCUAUCUUCUAUUCACUAUGUAUUAUUUUAAUUAUAUUUCAUCAGCUUCAAGUAUAAAUUGUAUUUAUAUAAUUGUUGUUUUUCCCUUCAAAUUAAGUAAGCAGUAAGUAACAGGAGGUCUUAAACCUAUUUUAUAUUUAAAUUCUUUUAAACCUUAUGCUUGUUAAUCAGUUUAUAAAACAUUCUUAAGUAGUGUGUUUUUGCAGUUUGAAGUUUUAAAAAUAGACUUUUUUUUAAAUCAAUGUUUUAUCAUUAAUUAUAUGAUGAAACCUUUUUUGAAUUUAAACUCUUUAAAAAUGAAAUUCAUUGUUACAAUUUUGAUUCUUUCCAUUGUUUUCAUCAUACUGUUGAAUAUAUUUGCAAUUCGCCUCAUAUUUCUUAUGUUCAUAAAUCUUCCUUCCCUCAAAUUAUAAGCCAUUUAUUAUAUGUUGGAUUAAAAAAAUAAAUAAAUGGAAUGAGAAAUAUAUUUAUGAACUUAAUAAUAAACACUGAAAUGUUGCCAUGCGAUAGAUGUAUUUUAAAUUUUUUACUUAAAAUGCACUCUGUAGCUAUUGUACAUUUUAUUAUAUUGAAUGUUUAUAUAUAUUGUUAUUUAUUUAUAAUGAAAAAAAUUGUUAUAGCCAAUAAACUAUCAAUGAUUA